AUGAUCCAGCCCAGAGGUGGUCCUCGAGAUCCUCCUUCGCCUCGACAUCCGCGACGCCGUCCGCACCUCCGCGCCUGGCGCCACCGCUGGCGUCAUCUCCCUGUCCCCGACUUCAGACGCUGCUCCGUCGGCCGCCUCGGCGUGGUUUCCGCCGCUCAGUCCGUCCUCCUGCGCCACCUUGCCCAGGUGGAAGACUUUGCUCUCGAUGGGAGUUCGCCGCCGCUUCCCGAGGCCGACCACCCGCGCCUCGACGACCUGCUCAUCCAUCUCUCGCCCCCUCGUCAUGCCCUCAAAGGUCUCGUCCUUAACCUCCCGUCCUACAAGCUGCACUCCUCCGUCUUCUCCUGCGUCAACCUCGACUACCUCGAAGUUAAAGGUUGUCUGCUCCCAGGCUCUACCCCGGGCUUAGUGGCUUCACUCCCACUCCUCCAUCUCACACGGCUUCGUGUGCAUUACACUCGGGAGUUGGAGCCCCAUCUGAACUCGGCUCAGUUUGACGCGCUCGCGGCUCUGAUUUCUGGUUGCCCGGGAUUAGAGCAAUUGGUAGUAAUUGUUGGUCCAGAGGUGGCUGGUGUGAAGCUAAAGAUUGCUGCACCUCGCCUUCGCCAAUUGGAGAUUCGUGCACGUUCUGCUGAUUGGAUGGUGGAGUUUCAGAGUCUGCUUCCCGAUCUUGCUCAAGCCAAGCUUCAAUUGCCAUUUUUCUGCUAUGCUCAAGAAGGUGGGGUCGAGGCUUCUGCAAAUUUUACAGAGCAUUUCGCAGGUGGAGAAGCUGGAGUUGCUUGA